AAGAAGAAGAAGAAGCCCGUCGAAAUGGACGUCUUUGACAAUGUUGCCACGAUUUAUUUCGACUUCGUGAUUUUGCAGUAAUUUUGCAAAUCAGAGACUUCACGAGUUCACUGUUCUAUCUAAUGCAAUAGCCAACCAAGGAGCAACCCAGAUAACUGAAGGAGUCUGGAUAUUAUCUGCAGUUGCAGAUGAACUUAUUGUCCAAGUUCUCCUGGAAGCCUUUGACAACAUGGAGGAAAGUUGGGACAGCAUAGAUGAAGCAGGAGACUACUCAACAGAUGCAGCUAGACAUUUACCAAGCUGUUCAUGUCAGCAAAUCACUGAACACAAGGGAACAGAAGUGGGAGAAGAGACCCUGACUGACAUGACAGCAUUUAAGGUGAAGAAUGAUGAAGGCUCUGCUCCUGUUUCAGACAUCCACAGUCAUUCAAAGAUCAUGGCUCAAGAUCUUCAUCGAAAGGCGACAGAGGUCACCCACGAUAAGUGUCCUUCUGUCUCAGAAAGAUCAUGCCCUGUGGGCCUAACAAAUGUUCAGGAAAUAUGUAUUUUGUCUUCUGGAUUUGAUGUAAAAAAGAACAGAGGGAGAGAUUCUGCUGCAGUGGAGGUUGACACUAUAGUUUCUUUCCCCCCCUUUUCAAGCAAUCUGUCAAAAAACAUGAAGGGAAAUGUCACACUUUCACCCACAGAGAAGAUUGCUGUGACUCAAGGGCUAUCGGCCUCUUCUCUAAGUAACCACACACAAUAUUCAAGAGAGGAUGAGAAAACCUAUGCUGAUGUUUCACAUCAAACGUUACCACUUGCAGGUACCAAGAAAGGAAAAGAGAAAAUGUCCUUUAAUACCCUUUUGCCUGUGAUGGAAAAGCAACAAAAGCGAAAAGCUGGUCGGCCAUAUAAGAAGAAAACUCUAGUGAAAAUGGCAAAACUUUUUGCAAUUGUCCAAGAACGGGAUUCAGAUGUCACAGAAUUACACAGGGUGACUCACCAUAAGGAUACUCUAACACCCUCAUGCAAACAAACGAAAGAGAAGAAAAAGGAUGAAAUGUUAGAAUUUCCCCCAACUACCUCAAGUGACACAUGCUUUGGAUGCAAUUCAACAUCUGAUUCUUCAAACCACCUUACUAUUGCACAUUCAGAUGACAUCAUUUCUGCAUCUCAAAUAGCUGGACCAAGUAUUUCUAUGGAAUUUAACCAACCCUCCAGGAUACAGAAACCUUCAAAGACCACACAAAAAGAAGAAUUAAAAAUAAAAGAAGUGUCGGCGCUGAAAUUGACCACUGUCACAAAGGGGCAAUAUUCUCCUAUAGAACAAGCUCUGACACAAAAUACCUUGGUGCCAUCUGAGAAUGCAUUGAAAGUACAAAAGAGACCUGGAAAAAAUAAAAAGAUGAUAUCCAAAGGAGGAAAUGGAAGGACUCAGGCAUUCAAAAGAAACCGAAUGAAUCCGAGCAGCCUGUUCACCACUCAGUCACAGAGUAGCAAUGCUACACCCCAAGACAAAAUUAAUUUAGGACUCUCUCAAGAUGCGACUCCACUGCAGUCAUCAGAUAUAAAAAUGGAGCCCAAAUACUUGUCAGACACUUCUGUCUUGGAUGUAAAGAACAAUUUGAAGGAACACCAAAAAAGAGAAAGUCCUGGUAUAAUGUCAAAAUGCUUUGACUUGUCUAUCACUCAAAAAGACCAGGGGGCACGAAGUGACAUGAAGAGGGAAAUCAAAGAUAAUGUAACUGCUAACAUAUCAGCUGUAGGAAAGCAGGGGGAAAUGACUCCAAGAACUCAAGAGCUCUCAAGACUAAAGAGUAUUGAGGAUGUGCUCAAAUUGAAGCGGAAAGCUGGUCGACCAUUCAAGAAAAAUACGUUGUUUAAAAUGGAUAAGCUGGUAGCGAUAGCACAGGAAGGAAGAACUAAUGAUACAGAGAAUAGUGGCAUGACUAAAGAGUGUGUUCCAAAAUUCCCUGCAUAUCACCCCCUAAAGUCAAAAGUAAAAAAGGAAAAGACUGACACAAAAACCUUGGCAUCAAAUUCACCUAGAAGCCCCUCAAGAAAAUCCAGCAGAACAUGUAAAACUACCCCAAAAACUGUUCAAAAGAUGCAAGUCCUCACACACACGCUCACCCAAUCAGUUUUACCAGUUCCAUCCAAUCUUAUUGAACCUAUUCUCAAAUCAGAGGACACAACUCUUAUCUCCUCAACGGUCUCUCCAAUUCCUUUAUGUAGUGCAGAGAUUUUCCCUCAACAGGAAAGCCACAGAUGCAGAAACCCCCCGAAGAAAAACACAAAAGUUAACAAAAAGAUGACCACUGCAGUCCCACAUCCUCCAAUAUUUGCAGUAGUUUCCAAGGCCCUUGCUGAGAUUGUCUCUACAGAGAAUGGUAAAGAAACAAAGAAAGACAUUGGAUCCAAAAGAAAAUGCAAACGGGUGCCUAGAACUUCUGGUGUAUCAGAAUUGCUGUGUACAAAUGGAAUUCCUCAGGGAGAUAUACAUACCCAAUCUAAUAGGGAUGAGGUAUAUUCCAAGACUUCAGCCCCAACUGUGCCACAAUCCCAGAACACACGGAAGCGUGAGGUUCAAAAUAAAAAAGGUACAGAAAAGGCAGCUGUCCCAUUAUCUGAUGAAACUGUCCUUCCUGUUUCAGAUUGCCAGUUGCAGGUGCAAAGUCACAGUGCAGCUCAGGAAACGCCUUUACUGCCAUCAAAGAUUAAGACAGAUUCUGACACAUUAUAUCUGACACCUAGAACGGUUAGGAAGAAAAAUCCAAAGACGUGUAAGGAAAUAAAAAAACCUUCACCGAAAGUUGAGAAGGCACAGGUGCCAUCUCUGGAUUCUUCACUUGGAGUGGAACAUAUAUGUCAUGAUGUGCCACAUGUGGAUCAAAUGAGACAAGUGGAAGCAGUGAUCGAGUCAGUAAUUGAGGAUCUCCACAAACCACUGAAACAUGUGAGUCAUAGAAAAAAGAUUAAAAAAGAGGCUAGCAAUGUUCUUGCUUUAACUCUGAAUCCUUCACUUGGAGUGGAACAUAGAACUCCUGAUGUGCCACAAGUGGAUCAUAUUAGACAAAUGGAAGCAGUGAUAGAGUCAGUGAUUGAGGAUCUCCACAAAAAAGAGGUCAGUGAUGUUUCUGCAUCAGCACACUCAACCUUUCCUGCCUCAAAUAAUCUGUGUGAACCACAUAACCAUAGUACAUUAUCUCAAAUGCUUCUGCUGCCAUCAGAGAUAAAGACAGAAUCAGGCAGAAUCAAUAAUGCCAUACCCAGAACUCCUGAUGUGCCACAAAUGGAUCAUGUAAGACAAAUGGAAGCAGUGAUAGAGUCAGUGAUUGAGGAUCUCCACAAAAAAGAGGCCAGUAAUGUUGCUCCAUUAAAACCAACCACCUUUUCUGCCUCGGAUAACCUUUUGGAACAGCAUAACCAUAGUACAUUACCUCAAUCUUCUUUUAUGUCAUCCGGAGAGACAAAAUCAGGCUUGAAACAUGCAAUACCCAAAACGUCAACAAAAAAUAAGUCAAAAACAUUAAUGAAAGAGAAACUUACCCUCAAAAGCUAUUCAAAAAAUCCUAAGAAAGCAGCUAUACAAACUUCAGUUCCUACAUCUGACACAAUGCAUGUGUCAAGAGUUAAGAAGAAUUUCAAUAUUUGUAAAGAAAGAAAAAGAUCUUCACAUAAAGUUGAGAAAGCACAGGUGUCAUCUCUGGAUCCUUCCCUUGGAGUGGAACAUAGAUGUCCUGAUCGAAUAAGACAAGUGGAAGCAGUGAUAGACUCCCUGAUUGAGGAUCUCCACAAACCACUCAAACCUAAUGGACAACAAAAAAAGUUUAAAGAGGAGACCAGUAAUGUUUCUGCAUUGGAACAAACAACAUUUCUCGCCUCAAAUAACCUGUUGGAACAGCAUAACCAUAGUACGUUACCUCAAUAUUAUUUUCUGUCAUCCGGAGAGACAAAAUCAGGCUUGAAACAUGCCAAACCCAAAAUGGCAACGAAAAUGAAGUCAAAAGCAUGCAGUAAAGGGAAACUAUUUAAAAAUACUAAGAAAGCCUCUGUAAUAACUUCAGAUCCUUCUAUUGGAGCAGAAAAUGGAUGUCUUAACAUGCCUUCCCACCUUACCCAAGCAGAGAAGGGCGGAAAGGGAGAUGGAAAAAACAAUAAAUAUGUCGGAAAGCAUGAAAAGGAAGCAGUGAUAUCAGUGACCGGUGAUCAUUUGGAAACAGCAGCCCACAAACCACAUCAACGUAAGGGGCCAAGAAAGAAGCUAAAAGAGGACAGCAGUGUUUCCAAACCAGGACAAGUAGAAUCUACUACUUCAGAUAGCCAGCUAAAACAGCAUGACCACAAUGCAUUACAGCAAGUUUUUUUGCUAGUAUCGGAGGCAAAGACGGAAUCAGGAAUAGAGCAUAUCAUGCCAGAAAUGGAAAUAACAAAUAAGCCAAAAACAUGCAGGAAAAGGAAACUCCCUUCAAAAUCACUCUCAGGAAAUGCUAAAAGAGCAGCUAUGCGAACUUCAAAUCCUACUCUUGGAGCAGAAGUUGGAUGUCUUAAAAUACUUCCCCACCUUACCCAUGCAGAGCAAGGAGGAAAGAGUGAUAGGAAAACCAAUAAAAAUGUAGUUAAACAUAAAAAAGAAACAGUGACAUCAGGGAUGGAAGAUCAUAUGGAAACAGCCCACAAACGACAUAUGGGGUCAAAAAAUAAUCGAAAAGAAGACAACAAUGUUUCCAUAUCAGAACAAGCAGCAACUCUUACCCCCGAUAAACGUUCAAACCAAGUUGCUGUGCUGGCAUCAGAGAUACAGUCAGGAUCGAGCAGUGGACAUGUCACACCCCCACAAAAAAAACAUAUUUCAAAGGCAUGCAAGAAAAGGAAAAUACUGUCCAAACAAAGCUCAAAGAUCACUGAAACUCCAACCCCACCAAGUUCAAAACCAUCUCUUGGAGUGGAAUAUAGAUAUUCUGAAAUGGCUACCACUUUCACACAUGUGGACCAGGUUCAGAAUAUUCUUGAUAGUCCUAAAGGCUCCAAAGCGAGUAGUGAAAAUACUGGAUCAAGCCAUCCAAUAUCAAAUGUAAGACAUUCCAGACGGCCCUCCAAAUCUAAUUCACAUAUCACAACUGACUUGAUGCAAGAUCAAGCAAUUUUAUCAGUUACAUCACAUCUCACUAAUCAACCUACCAGUCCUGUAUCAACAACAGUGUCCUCAACUGCAGCACAAGGACAGAUUACUGAAUUAGUGAGUGCUCUUUGUACAGAGAAAAGGCCACAUAAAAUAGGGAGGCCUCCUAAGAAGAAAAAAUCUCAGAGACCAAAAGGAACAGGUCUUGAUAAGAAUAUCACAGAUGACGACGACGAAUGUGUUAAAUUCUUAUCAGCAUUUGUAAAAGAGGAACUAAUUGAGGAAGAAAAAAGUCUAGAAAAUAGGGGGGGGAAAAAGAACGGCAAAGGGAAGAAAGGCAAACUUUUACAAACUGACAAUGUGAGUACACCAAGUAAACCUAGCCAAUCUCAGGUGAAAGAUGGCAAUGCAUUAGCAGAUGACAAAUUAGUUUUACAAGUCCCUAUAGAUGAAGCAAGGGACUCUAUAUCUAUUGCAAUAGACUCAAUCAGUGCUGUGAUUCCCAAACAUAAAAAAGGUGGUCGUAUUGCCAAGGGUAAAAGAGUUCAAAACAUUGCAUCCACCCCCAACAUCCCCAGUGACCAGCAAUGCAUGAAUAUGUCCCCAGAAGAAACAUCUCUGUGUCUCAGCAAUAUAUCAGAAAAACACAGAAAACGAAAAGUUGACAGCAGCAGUGCUGAUUUUGUUAAUGCAGAUAUAAAUGUUCUAAAUCUUAAAGAUGAUCUUAGUGAUAGAUCUGAAAUACUGGACACAUCCUUACUAGGGAAUCAGAGGGUGAAGAACAAGGGUAAGAACAAAUCCAAGACAAUUGCAGAAGAACAGACAGUGGCCACAUCAGUGGUAAAAGAGAUGGUGUGGCUCGAUUUACAGACCACCAUAGCAGCACUGAAAAAGAAACGAGGUCGGCCAUUCAAGAAAAGUACCUUGAUAAGAAUGGCAAAACAGCGGUCAUGUGAACAGCAGAAGUCAAACACUAGCAGAAAACUUUCCGUGAACAAGACACCGAGCUGCAAAUCAACUUCCAAGGGAGGGAAAAUGCACAAAUUCAACCCAAUGUCAACAACUUCAAGAAGGCACACUAGAGCAUCUGAGGCAAUGAAGAAUGAAGACCCUGUUCUUAAACAACCGCAAGAUGACAUAUGGGAGAUCAUUGAUGUAUCCAGCAACAUUUUCUCCCCAAUUGUGACUAAUUCCCGAAGUAUUUCAGUGGAAGAAAUCGAAACUUCAGAAACUAUUUUCUCUGUUGAUGCAGGGGCGACACAAGGAAUCCAGCAAGUUGAGUCUACCCCGUUAACAACCCCUCUCACAAAAUUACCUCAUAAAGUGACUGGCAUGAAGAAGAGACGCAGGAGAAAUAAAACUGGAUGGGCUACAAAAGUGAAAUCCAAACGACCUCUCUCCAAAGUGAACUGUGGGGGUACGCUUGAGGUGUUUGUUCAGUCUUCCAUUGACAACACUGGACUCUCAUUCAACUCUAGCCGCUGUAAUUCGUUAACAGAAAAUUACACAUUGGAAAGUGUUGAACAAGAGAAAGAAUGUAGAGCACAAGUGAAAGCAGUAACAACCAACUACAAUAGAGUUUGUGUGGAGAAGGAGAUCAACUGUGGCGAUCAACCCCUAACAGCUCGUGCUAAAUUGCAGCAUUCAAGUGUACUCCUACACAAUUUUAAGACAAGGAAACCUAUGUCAUGCCAUUUCUGCAGUCGCUCAUUCCGUCACAUAACAGCAUACACAAUUCACAAGCGUAUUCACACAGGUGAGAAGCCUUACAGUUGCCAGAAGUGCGGCAAGCGCUUUGCUCAUCUCUCCAAACUCAAAUCACACUCAAACAUCCACAAACAACAUGGGCCCAUUCAAUGCCCAUGUUGCGUCACUCAGUCUCCAAAUAAAGAUGACUUGAUUGAUCAUUUCAAGAUCCACAUGAAGGGUACCAAGAGGUUCAGUUUGAUUAAUAAAACAAGAAGAGACAAAGAUAUCCAGAUUCAACCUUACACUGAUUACAUAGAGUCCCCAGUCUCUCUUAAUGGCAGGAAAUCCCUUAGAUGCUCCACUUGCUUGAAUCUUUUUUUCAGUAAGGCCACAUUGAAGCUGCACCUACAAACACACAGUGGAGUGAGGCGUUUCACCUGCAAAGUCUGUGGCAAGAUGUUUAUCACGUUCUCAAGUUUCAAUGCACAUGAAAAAACACACUGGCCUGUUAAACCGUAUGCUUGCUCUGUGUGUGGAAAAGGCUUUGUUCUGCUAAGGGAGCUCAAAACCCACUCUCAUAUGCACUCAGGAGAGAUGCCUUUCUUCUGUAACCACUGUGGUCAGGCCUUUAGCAACUUCUCAUCCUUGCGCACACAUCAAGUCUCCAAAGUGUGUUUUGAGGCUAGAGACGAAGGGAGUGGAAACAAGGUUGACAUUGAGGGGUUCCUGGUGGAGCAAAGGGCUGAUGGGCAGAUUAAUACCCCGAUGUACUUUAAAUGUCAGAUUUGCAAACAACUUAAUCGUCACUGGUGUCAGUACAUUCUUCAUCUGCAAACGCACACUAAUAACAAGCCAAACCUUUGUGAGAUCUGUGGACAACGGUAUGAUCAGGUUCCUGAAUUAUGUGUUCAUUGUAAAGUGUGCUGCAAAUCAAGUGGAGAGGAGAGGGCAUGCAAUUCGUCCUUGUCAGAGGUCUGGCAUGAACCCCAAUCUCUGCAAAAUCCGAUGCACGUGACUGAAAUAGAUUUUCUGUGCAAUGAUAAUCAGGAAAUGUUAUCUACUGAUGACCAACAUCCUAAAUGUAAGGAGCCUGAGCCCCUGCCACCUCUGGAAACUAUGGAGGAGUAUUCCUCAGAUGUGCUUCCACAAAACCCCACACCUGCUUGCCAUAUCCCAGGUAAUGGGUUAGCGAUAAAUCGACCUUCUCCCUCAAACUCCAUGUGUACAAGUUCUGCCAUAUUGUCCCCCUCUGUAAUGAGCUGUAAUUCAGUACGUGUGGUUCAACAGCCUUCAGGUUUUCGCUCUCGUUUUCAGACCCAUGCUCCUUGUGACAGAUAUCCCCGUGGACAAUGUGGAAAAUCCUUUAACCAGUGGAACAAGCUCUGGUUGCAUCAGGGACUACACAGAGAAAAACGCUGUAGCUUCUCAUGCACUCAGUGCAAUUUAGAGUUUCGCUUCUUUGGCUCCUAUAGGGAGCACAUGCAGGAACAUGCAGCGCAGAGACCCUAUGCUUGUCAGUUAUGUCCCAAAACCUAUGUCAUUGAAGAAGACUUAAAUACCCAUCUGUGCAAAAAUCACCAGCCGUGCGCAAGCCUGAAAUGUGACACGUGUGGAAAGGGUUUCACCAGUUUCAGAAAUUUGGAGAGACAUCGUCUCUUACACAGAGGUGCUAGCUCGCACUAUUGUCUCCCUUGCAAGCUCCCAUUUCCUAGUUACCUAGCCUUAAAGAAUCACUUGAAGGCUCACAAAGCCCGCCCUGUUAUCCCUCUCCCUGAAGGGCCAUUGGAACCACUUCGAUUUCCCUAUCACUGUAGAAAAUGUAAUGCCAGAUUUACAACCACAGACUUGCUCCAAGCCCAUCAGGUUUGCCAUCUUAUAGGGGGGAAGAAAACAUAUAGCAGUUCAGCAAAUGUAGUUUCUGCUUCCCUGACCUCCAAGCUCUCAAACAAACCAACAGAGAGAGUCACGCCGCUAUCCCCUACGACAGUACCUAGUCUUCCUCUGUCAAAGAAAAGGAACAUAUAUAGGUAUCCUCACCCUGAUCGUCUGUAUGUUGUCCCUAAAAUAUCCUCACAGCCACCGGUUGUUGUUUCAGACACAGAGGAAGAGCCCCAAGAGAUUAUGAACUCUAGCUUAUCCUCAGUCCACGACUCGCCCCGUAACACUGUGUCCCUUGAACAUGAAGGGCGAACCAGCCCUAGCAAUAAUUGUUGUGAGGCAAACAACUCGGAUCUACCUCAGCGCUCAUGCCCCUCAUGUGUCCUUAUUUAUGAACCUACUCAAUGUAUGCCAAAAACAGACACCCCACACAUGCCGACUCAUGAACCACCCUGUCCCUUGGAUAAAGGUCCUCAGAAUGUACCACCUCAAAGAUGGAAAAAGUCUAAGGGUAAUGAUGAUGCUUUCUUUAGAGCCUCAACAACAUGUGUGAUAUCAAGGGGCAAAAAACAGCGGUAUGAUGGCUUUGAGUGUGCUGAUUGUUGGGUAACAUUUAGCGACGUCUCAGAGCUACAUGAGCAUUACUUACAUCAUGCCAGGGGGGUGAAGUGAAAAUCAAUAUAUUUUUGCAUUUGCAUCAAAGUAUUCAGACCGAUCUACUUUUUCCACAUUUUGUUACGUUACAGCCUUAUUCUAAAAUUGAUUUUUGCAGAUGUAUAAAAAAUUAAAUAUCACAUUUACAAGUAUUCAGACCUUUUACUCAGUAGUGUACUUUGUUGAAGCACCUUUGGCAGUGAUUACAGCCUUGAGUCUUCUUGGGUAUGACGCUACAUGCUUGGCACACCUGUAUUUGGGGAGUUUCUCACAUUUUUCUUUGCAGUUCCUCUCAUACUGUCAGGUUGGAUGGGGAGCGUCGCUGCACAGCUAUUUUCAGGUCUCUCCAGAGAUGUUCAAGUCUGGGGUCUGGCUGGGUCACUCAAGGAUAUUCAGAGACUUGUCCCGAAGCCACAACUGUGUUGUCUUGGCUGUGUGCUUAGGGUCGUUGUCCUGUUGGGGUAAAGGUUCACCUUCUAAUAUAAGGUCCUGAGCGCUCUGGAUCAGGUUUUCAUCAAGGAUCUCUCUGUACUUUGCUCCGAU